AUGUUGGACGCAGUGUAUGCCCAGGCUACGAAGCUCUAUCCCCAGCUCGCGCACUACGAGAAGAGUUGGCCGGUCAGAGACGUUCUGAAGACCAAGUUAGGAAACACAACCUACAUGACCAAGAAGGAUAGGGGGAAGGAGCAGGAGGCCCGCGCAUCUGUUGCACCGGCCGUGUUGUAA